AAGCUGUCCGUGCUCUCCUCAUACGCACUAAUAUUUACUCGGUUUUAAGUCCGUUUCUGUUAGGAGAAACCACUGCAAUGCCAAGCGCUGUUAACCGUCCUCUUCUCUUCGAUCUCGCAGUACUGUUUAUUUCGUCGUCGAGAACGGUUGAGUAGCCUGUAGCAACCGCUUGCUACCCGCGAAACUCAAGGCACGUUUUAUUCGCGACAAUUUUUAAUAUCUGGUCGUACAUAGCAACGACACCGCCUACCGAUACAAGCCGUCCAGCAUAAAUUGGUUCCAAUUUCGCCGAGUUAAUCAAUUUAGAAAUUGCGUUCGCUGAAAGUGCUGUUGACGAAGUAAGACCGGUAGUGCGUUGAAUCUAGUUCCAAGAUAAUCUGAAAGAUUCACACAUUUCAAACAUGUUGCUAACCAAACAGUUGCUGAGCAGAAAUGCAAUCACUGCAUCAGGAAAUCUCAACGCCCUGCUGGUGGUUCGUCACUCGAGCAGCCUAACCGCUGCCAACGCCCACUUCCGCCAGAUCGUCCAAACUCAGCUGGAUGAAAUCGAAAAGGCCGGCACCUACAAGCGGGAGCGCAUCAUCGUUUCACCCCAAGCCACGUCCAUCAACGUCGAAGGCUCCCAGGGCAAGAUCCUGAACUUUUGCGCCAACAACUACCUUGGAUUGGCUUCGCACUCAGAUGUCGUUGACUUCGGUAAGAAAGCCCUGGACGAAUACGGCGCCGGUUUGAGCUCGGUGCGAUUUAUCUGCGGCACACAGGACAUCCACAAGCAGCUAGAGAAGAAGCUGUCGGAGUUCCAUGAGCGGGAGGAUACCAUUCUGUACGCGUCCUGUUUCGAUGCCAACGCUGGCAUAUUCGAAGCGGUGCUGACUCCGGAAGACGCCGUAUUCUCGGAUGAGUUGAACCACGCCUCGAUCAUCGAUGGCAUCCGGUUGUGCAAGGCCAAGAAGGCACGGUACCUGCACAGGGACAUGGCCGAUUUGGAGGAAAAGCUCAAGUCGACUGAUGCGCGCAUCAAAAUGAUCGUUACGGAUGGAGUGUUUUCGAUGGACGGAAAUGUGGCACCGCUGCCGGAGAUUUUUGCUCUGGCGGAAAAGUACAACGCGUUGACUUUUGUAGACGAUUGCCACGCGACCGGGUUCUUCGGACCAACCGGUAGGGGAACCGAGGAGUUCUACGGCAUGCUGGGACGAUGCGACAUCAUCAACUCCACUUUGGGCAAGGCUUUGGGAGGAGCUGCCGGAGGUUAUACUACUGGUCCCAAGGAGUUGGUGGAUCUGCUACGGCAACGAUCUCGACCUUAUUUGUUCUCGAACUCUCUGCCACCUCCGGUGGUUGCCAGUGCCAUGAAGGUCAUCCAGAUGCUGAUGGAGUCCAACAAGCUGACGGCUCGGGUGCAGAGCAACACCAAACGCUUCCGGGAUGCCAUGACCAAGGCCGGGUUCACUAUCUCCGGCAUGGAUCAUCCCAUCAGUCCGGUGAUGCUGGGCGAUGCUCGACUGGCAUCGGUGUUCGCCGACGAAAUGCUCAAACGGGGAAUCUACGUUAUCGGGUUUAGCUAUCCGGUGGUACCGAAGGGCAAGGCCCGCAUCCGAGUGCAGCUUUCGGCCGCCCAUACGGAUGAGGAGAUCGAUAGAGCGGUGGCUGCUUUCAUUGAAGUGGGCAAGCAGCUUGGAGUGAUUUCGUGAAUGACUGAAAAUGUUUAGCGGAGAUAUGAUUUCUAAUAAACCGUACAAAAAGCCUGAG